UUACAGAUGUGGUGUGAAAAUAUGAACAUCUUUAUUUUGCAUCAUGCUUUUAGUUGCUUUGUUUAUUUUCUUGUAAAUGAGCGCUUACUGUUUCACAUACAACGCCAAUGUAUUUUAUUUAUUAUGUGUCGCUUAGCUUGAUAGCUAGCGCCUUAGCGACGAUGGCCUUUGUGAUACGACAUGAAGUUAUUAAUAUGGAUCCCACCAUAACGGUCUGGCGUUCCAAACAAAAACUUGAAACCAGCUACUUUCACAGUAUAGACCCCGUGGACUCGUACUGCUGAGUCUUUUUUCGCCAAAAUGCUCACUGUGACUAUGAAAUGCUCGCUUUGAUUUGGGCUACUUGUUAAAUAAUUGAUUUGUGUCUGUCUGUCUGAUUGAUGUGCUAGCUCAGUUGGCUAACGUACGCACGCCAGCUAUUUACAUACCAUCUGCGUCGCGUGCCGUCUGCGCGCACUCAGAACACAAAGAACCACGCGCUGUUACACGAGAUGAAAGACAUUUCUACUGGGACAGCGUGUUCCCCUAUCUUUCACGUUUCUGAGUUCCACAAAAUGUGCCAUUUUCGCAUGCUAGAAAGUUAAUAGACUAUGCGUGAGUUGGACAUUAUCUUAACCUCUUUUACAUUUGGAUACGAGUCAUGUACCCGUGCAUUGCCGUUCUGAAUUGAUUCAUACUGAUGCGGAUAGAUUUGCCUCGAAUCCGAAGAGCUCAUUCAGACGUGACAUGGAUGGCGUGGUUCUGACUAACGCAUUACAUCUGGUUCAGAUCCAGUCAACCGGCAUUUUAGGGGAAAUGAAAGGAUGAACGAGGUGCCUUCGCAUUGAAGUGGACCCCAUCUCCCGUUCCAGCAUUAGCAUCGGUGUGAUAAACCUCUGAGCAUCGGCCCUUCACCAUGAGCCUGAUCCAGGACAAACUUGGCAAUGAGUUCCUCCGCUCCAAUGGUGGCAUGGAUCCAGGCUUUGGUCCGAGCAUGCUCAUGUUCAGCCACCUGCCCCCUGUUACUAGCUUCACCCGUCUGGCUAGUCAAACGGUUAUGGCUGACCUGCAGCCCCAUGAGAUGAUCUUGAAAAAGGAGAGGGACUCGCCGGAAUGUGGAGGAGGGCUGAGUGCUGGAGGCUUGGGUGGUGGAGGUGGCAUUGGGGGCAUGAUGGGAGGUGUGGGCGAUUAUGUUCAUACGAUGGGCAUUAAACAGGAGAAGGUUUCUGAACACGACUACAGAUUGCCCCUCUACCCGGGGGGCGGGGCCGGAGUACGGAGUGGAGGAGAGUUGCUGGAGUUAUCGCUGGGUAACAAUCAGAACCUGGUGGUACACGACCUCAGUCUGGGAAACCUGUCAGGGCGGUUGGUAAAGGAGUCCUCAGGGAGGAAAGGUCGAAGGUCAAAUGGUGAGGGCCAGGAGGGCAAGAUUCGAAGGAAACGAGGAGAGUCGAAGUCUCUUCUGCUGGAUCCAGAUGGAGGCAGCUUGUCUCCAAACUCCAAACCGCACAUCUGUGAGCACUGCAGUGCAGCGUUCCGCAGUUCCUAUCAUUUACGCAGACAUGUGCUUAUACACACAGGUGAGAGGCCUUUCCGCUGCACUCAGUGUAACAUGAGUUUCAUUCAGAAAUACCUCCUACAAAGACACGAAAAGAUUCACAGUGGAGAGAAGCCAUUCAGCUGUGAUCAGUGCAACAUGCGUUUCAUUCAGAAGUAUCACAUGGAAAGACACAAGAGAACCCAUAGCGGAGAAAAGCCAUACAAGUGUGAUACCUGCCAACAGUAUUUUUCCAGAACGGACCGGUUGCUGAAGCACAAACGGACGUGUGGAGAUGCCACAAAAAAGGGUGUGGAUGGGGCGGAGCACGAGUUGGGCGAAGGGGAACACGGCAGCUAUGGAAUCACUCAGGGAAAUGUCGCCACGCCAGGACGCAAACGAGGCAAGUCGAAAAAUGCCGGCGAGGGGAGUGAACGCAAGCGCAAGAAGUCCACUGGUGCAACGCAAAAUCACGAGGCGGAAGCUUAUGGCCUUCAUGACUUCAACUCCGGCAGGAACAAUGGGGUUACAACAACAUCUUCAGACCAGGCGGGCCACGGGGAACACGGACGGGCUCCCAAAAUGGCCUUUAAGAAGGGUAACAGAAAGUCUUUAGAAAAAAAUCCUAACCCCUUAGAUCAGUCCAAGCCAGAAAGCAUGGAGCUACCUGUGGGAGGAGGGUUGGACACUCUUGGGCUUUUGCCUGGGGCCAAAGUGGGCCCUAACAGUAGCAAUUAUGAUGAUGCCAUGCAGUUUCUGAAGAAGAGACGUUACCUCAACACAGCAAACAGUGGGGGUUCUGGGGCUUCAGACUACGAUGUAGGCGUCGGUCAUCUGCAGUCGCAGCCGACGGUCAUUCAGGGUGUCGUUUCUGGGGUUCUGGAUGCCGAUGCCUCACUGGUACUCUUGGACUCCUCCUCUCUUGGCGAUAUCAAACAAGAUAAGUCUGGAAUCCCCGAUGAGGUUCUGCAGAGUUUGUUGGACCAUUAUGCUACCAAGCCUGACGUGCACUUCGACAUCACAGAUCCCCAUCAUGUUGAGCUCCAGACAGUUGCCGCAGAUGCCCCAGACCAUCUGGGACCUGAUGAUGCCCCUUCAAGUCCCAACAGCGGAGACAAAUCCACGAUGAUGCACGAGUACUCGCGUUUUCUCUUACAGGCGCUAGAGCGGACCAGUCACACCAUGGGCUUCCCACUGGGCCCAAGUUCUGGUUCUUCUGCUAAUACCACAGGACCGUUUCCUGGGCCUAGCCCUCUUCUCUCAGACAAGCAUGUGUAUACUUCUUCACCUCUGGAGUACCCGUUCUCACAUCCCAUUUCAUCCUCACCUUCCCUCUCUGUGCCAAAGUCCCACUUUGGUCUGUUAGAAGGCUCGUCACCUCCGCAGGGCUUCCACAUUAGCAGCCUGGAUCAGUCCGGGCACACGCAACAGCAGCUCACACCUUCGCAGGAGCUCACGGAGCAGAUGGACAAACAGCACACGUCCCCUCCGCCUCCUCCACACACCCCCAAUGCCAACACCUACCAAAUCGCACCUCAGCCUCCAGACAUGGGAAGUCAAAAGGAACCUCAAGGGCCGAAAACCGGAGCGACUGCCACUACUGGAGGAUUCUCCCUGGGAUCGUCCCAGGAUCUCACAAACCUGGACCCAGCCAAGGCUUCUUAUCAGAUAGAAAACUUUGCCCAGGCGUUUGGGGCGCAGUUUAAAGGGGGGCGAGUUUCUCUGGCCUUCAGCAGUGACUCAAGGGGCGAUGUAAAUCACAGCAUACAGACACAUGUCAACGAAUUCUCAGGGUAUAGCGGUCUUUUGGCUGAUGCCAGCGACGCAGUCAGCACUGGCUCCAAAACCCCAACAAGCCAAAGCUACAGGUGAAUGGGCUCACAUGCCCCUAGAUGCUCAGAUGGAGGUUCCCUAUUUUAUUUUUUGUCAUGCUGUCUUUAUUUUGUAUUAUUAUUAUUGUUAUUAUUAUUAUUAUUGUUGUUAUUAUUAUUAUUAUUGUCAUUUAGUUCUGCUAUUUUAUUUGCAAAGUUUUUGAGUAAUGUUUUCUCACUGCCAUUUAUGUUUAUAUGAAAUCCCAUCUCCUUUGGCCUUUUCUGAUAUUUUUCUUCUUCUCACCUUCCUUGAAAUGAAAUGUUCAGGUUCAUUUUUAGUAGACUUUUAGGUCUGUUCUGUUAAUCAGUAGAGGGAAAACGCUUUUAAAGCAUAAGUACAGUAUCAAAGGUCCUGUUCUGUUUACUUCUUCCAGUAGACGUUCACAUUUUAGAAACUGACUUCACAGGUUUGUACAGACAACUAUAAAAUAGCUAUUGCAGGGAGUCUCCCAGAACUGAAUUUGUCUGUUACAAUGAUUAAAGUAUUACUCAGGAAAAUGUGUAGAGGGCAAAUCUAUCAGAAAGGGUUGCAAGCAUUCAUUGAAGUGGCUAAAACAAAGAAGGAGAGAUUUUUUUUAUUCUUGUGAACGAGUGCAACACAAAGUGAAGACAAAACUGCUGCCUGCUAAAUUACACUGACACCACUUUCCACUUAGCUAUAUAGAGAUUAUGGUACUUUUAUGUCAAUGUGAAACGCUCACAUGAUAUUUCAGUGAAGGCCAUAUAAAUAUAUAUAAAUAUAUAUAUAUUUAUAAGAAUAUCUGUAUGUAAAAAGACAUGUAUUCUUUUUUUAAUACUGGCAGGUGAAUUGGAGGGGGGGGAUAAAGUGAUUGAGUCUGACCCAUCAUCAUGUCUUUAUUUGUCCUUUGGGUUGCGAGGCCAAGGGCUAUACACUAGAUGGCGCCGCAUGCAAGUUUGUAAGUCAGAUCAAGAAUAUCGUCUGUGUGCUUUUCUCAUCCCUCUUUUUCUCCAUCCACUUCUUCUUUUCCUUGAAUCCCGUCUAGCACUUUUUCACACCCGAUUAUUUUUAAUGGUGAAUUAAAUUACCCAGGCUGAUUGCACAGAAUGUGUACUGUGUAACCGAGAUGCUGUUUUUAAAGGGUCAAUUUGGUCAAUUGGGAGGUGGCAGAAAAGGGUAGGAUUAAUUUUAGUAGGUGUAGAAUAUGUUAAAAGCCAUUGAUUAUGUAAUUACCAUGAAUACCUUAGUGUGCUGAAAAUGAGGGUGGGCUUUGGGGUGGGAGUGUGUGGUAUCUUUUUUUAUAUAUUUAAUUCCAAUUUUCUCAUGGAUGUAUGUAAGACAGGUUGUAAAAGGGGAGUUCACUGGGAUGGACCGGAGUGUUUUCUUUUAUCCACGGUUUUUACUUUUUGGGUUGGAAAAAUGUGUUAUGUGUAAAAUGGCCCCUAGUGUACUGAUUGCUGUGUUUUUGAAAAGCCUUUCACCAGAGAUGACUCCCGCUCUUAGGGGGCGUGCACACCAAAGCUUUUACACACAGCUGACUGCCAACUUUUUUUCUGCCGACUGCCAGCUUUCUUCCGCUGAGCGCUUUGGUUGCUGUGAUACCUCUGCUUUGUUUAUCCGUCAUUGUACGAUGCGCCAGUUGGUGGUUGUGAUGUUUAUCCCGCCCCUCCUCUACUGUGAUUGGACGGCCGUGUUGGACCUGACAUUGACGAGCUGAGCUUUUCACCCAAAGUUUAAUAUUUGUCAACCUUCGAUGCUAAAGGGCUCGUUAUAGUUGUGCGUAGGUCCUAGGUUUUCAUUUAUACUUUUGCAUCGUCGUUCGAGUCGACGUGCAAACACACGCGCAGACCGCUGGUAGGCAGUAUCCACGCGUGUAACCAUCAAAGAACCGUCAAAGAAGAAGAGGCUUGGCAAGUUAACCCACAAACGAAGAAGAAACAGCAACUUGUGUAUGAUUUGAGAAGACCAGCAAUGAUGGAAGUAAAUAACGACUUUUGAUGCAGUUUGAGUUAAAUCACACUUCAACUUGGCCGUUCUUUAUUUUCACCGUCGCAAACGGAAAUACCUAUGACACAGUUUUUUUUACCUGAUGGGAGGGGUACUGGUGGACCAAUCAGAGCGCUUGCGGUCCGCGUAGAACUGACGCGCUGUUAAAACUUUUGCGAGGUGCACGUCAGGCUACGGAUACACAAAAAUGUGCAGCGCUUCUAUUGGAAACAUUAAAAAACAUACGCCAGCGUAAAAGAUUUGGUGUGCAUGCCCUCUUAGGCUUAGUUUACACUGCACAGUUUGGAUUUAUUUAUUUUUUUGCAGAAAUCUGAUUUUCUUUUCGCGCUGUUGUUCACAUUAUUAAUUACAUGGGACUGCCAUCAGUCUUCUGUCUUCCCCAUACUGCCCUGAAGUGACUCGCAUACGCAAAAAAAAGACGUGACUUUAGAUGCAGCGCACUGUGUUUGCAGAAAUAACAUGGAUGCCGCUCGUUAAAGUCGGAUGAAAUGUUCAGACUUGAAGUUGCGUUUCAAUACAUCAAUCCGAUUUAGGACCACAUAUGAAGGUGGCCUGGAUCUAAUUAAAAAAAUCUGAUUUUGUGCUGUUUCAUACAAAAAUCUGAUAUGCGCCACAUUUGGGCAAAAAAGUCGAAUUUGGGCCACUUUCGACUGCAGUGUAACGUAGCCUUAAUUCCGGUAUACACUGCACGAUUAUUGUCUGUCCCAGACGAAAGAUUGCCAUCGUGAAAACAAUCAUCACAAUUUCUGUAGUCAUGGCUCUUCAUCGGUGGUCCUAUUUCAUACAGUGAGAGAGGUUCAAAGACGGACGUUUUCCCCAUCUUGCAUCAAAAUAUAGCCUACGAUAGUUUUCUGACACUGUCAGAAAUUUAGCAUGAUCAACGCACAGUGUGUUUGCUGCUACGACCUGCGUACUGGUAUUUGUUUACCACUUGCUCACGCUCAUGACGUCGCGCUAACGUGUGACGCAGCCGCCGAAUCUUUUGUGUCAUCAUCGUACAGUCUACAUGCUUGUCGUACCCAAGUUUAAACAAUCCAUGUUGCACAGUGUGAUAAGGCAAAGAUCUUAUAGGAGUGCAAAUAUCCUGCAGUGUAUUCUGGGCUUUAGCCAUUUAAAUAGUAUAGAUCUUAAUGUCUGAUCAGUCCACGAGGAAUUCAGCCAACUUAUUGCAUUGUGCAUACAGGGCAAAAGUAUUACUUUGAACUACAUUUAAUUUUGUAUUGUACAAGUAUUAUUGUCAUUUCUUUUCAAUAACGAUCAAUAACCGCGUUGUCUUCCAUCAGCCGCUGUCACACCGAUCUUGAUUUACUGUCAUCUAAUGUUCUGUUGCAUUUGUUAUUCAAUGUACCCCACUUUAAAACCCACCAUGAUGCUUUGAAGGACAGAACCACAUGCAAGAUGCAUCUAUUAGGGAACAAAAACUGACCACUUGGACUUGUGCAAAAGUCGAAAUGCUGUCGAAUAACUGUUGAUAACUUGAUAUGAAAUCAUGACAGCUGAUGUCUUUUAUACCUCAUAUCAAUGCUGAAAGCAGGGAUAUCGAUAUGUGAACUUUAUGUAGCAUGGCUGAUGUGGUCCCAGGUCUGUUGUGAUUACAAAUGUUCAGUCUCCACACACUCAAGGCAAAGUUUAUUCAUCAUGUACAUGCGCGCUGGCUGUGAAUUCACUUUUUUCAUUAAUUAUUGCCAUGAAAUAAGGCCAAUUCUGAGAAUGUUUAAUUCCGAAAAGUUUUUUUUUAGGAUGUGAUCAACUGGAAAAUGUUUACUGGUGAAGGCUUAGUAAAGUACAGAUGCCUCAGAAACACUGUUUGAAUGAUAUCCUGUUUGGCUUGAAUAACCCUAGCCAUCAAUCUGUCAACGAUAGCCACAAUAAUGUCCUCUGAAUACUUUAUUUUUGCUUCUUGCUGUAUAUUCCUGAAAGUAUUUAUUUUGUUUACAUACAGUCAAUAACACUAAAAUUUCCCCCUUGAUUUUUGCAUGUAAAAUUUUUUUAUACCGUUUCCUUUGGCCCCCUUUUGUGUCACCAUGCCAAAUUUGUAGCUAAUGGUCUUUCUGUUCUCUUUCCUGUCUCUCUUAUUGCAGAUUCUUGUGAUCUGAUUCACAGGGCUAUACUUGUCUGUUUUGACUUUAUUAUUGAUUAGGAAAACAAUAAAAAGGCUGAUAUCA